UUGCCAAUUAUAAAAACAUUCAAAUGCACUAGAAAUUUUCACCAUGUCGUGUUCUAUGGCCAUGGCAAUGUCUAUCAAUUCAGUGGUUUUCUUUGCUUUCGUUUUUUUGACUGUACAAAUCUGCCUUGGCACACAAGGGACUAAUAGACACUCAGAUGACCAUCCCAACUGGCAAGUUCUUCCAACGGAAGAAUGCGGUUAUGGCGCAAUGUCGGACCGGAUAAUCGGAGGAAAAGAAGCGACUUUAGGCCAAUUUCCUUGGAUCGCCAGACUUGGAUACCAGAUUAAGAAAAACAAGCCAAAAAUAUUUUAUCUUUGCGCCGGAUCUCUCAUUAACCGAUGGUAUGUUGUAACUGCCAACCACUGUUUCUUGGACUUGUUAGGAGAUACUUUAAAGCAAGUAAGACUGGGCGAAAACUUCUUGAAGGAGCAGAGUGAUUGUGAAAACGAAAUUUGCGCACCUCCAGUUCAGGAUAUCGACGUGCAGCGGCUAAUACGAUUUGAGGAGUACGAAGGUGAACGUUCCAUAACAUACGGGGAUAUUGGACUGAUUAAGUUGGCUCGACCAGCCGAAUUUCAUGACUUUGUGAUUCCCAUAUGCUUACCAAGAGGCGAUGUAGUGAACCGAAUAAACGACUACCAUCUCACGCAUGGUACCUCAGUGGAAGUGGCCGGCUGGGGAACCACUACAGCUGAAGUGAACCGAAUCCCCAACAAGCUCAUGUAUGUUCACAUGCCUGUCGUCAAUCUAAAUGUAUGCAAAAAGAACUUCCCGAACAAUCAAAUUGACGAAUCGCAAAUAUGUGUGGGGAUUGGAGAAGGCAAGGAUUCUUGUGUGGGAGAUUCUGGUGGGCCGCUGAUGAAGCCGAUUGUUCUUGACGCUCCUCCAAAGUACUUCUUGUUCGGGAUAGUCUCAUAUGGGAUGAAGUGGUGUGGAGUGAGUGCUGCCAUAUACACCAACGUCACUCAUUACAUGAACUGGAUUUUGGAUCAUAUGGAACCUUUGGAUUAGGCAGUAGGCAAUGAAUGUUUAACAUAAUCUAAAUAAACUUUAGGAUCUGCCUA